AUGAAGAACAUUCUUAAGAAGCUUCAUAUCAUGUCUAACCAAUCGGAUGAUGCACAGGGGGCUACUUCAUCAAAGGGCACCAGGUCCAGUGAUGGUUCAUCUUCAUCCACUGCCCCUAAGAAGCUUUCGAAUUGGUUGCAUUCAGUUUCAAAUAGGCAGAGUCCCAGUCCUCCAUCCCCCAACCUGGCCAGGGGAGAAAGAAUGGACCCAUCUGAUUCAGUGAGCAGUGGUGGGUUGGAUGUUGUGUCUGAUUCAGCGAAGCGUGACUCGGAGUCUAGCACGUCUAGGGAUCCUGAAGUGGAGGAGGAAUAUCAGAUACAACUGGCUUUGGAGCUGAGUGCAAAAGAGGAUCCCGAGGCUGUACAGAUUGAAGCUGUUAAACAGAUCAGUUUGGGAUCUUGUGACCCUGAUAAUACACCAGCUGAAGUUGUGGCCUACCGGUACUGGAAUUACAAUGCUCUUGGUUAUGAUGACAAGAUCACAGAUGGUUUCUAUGAUCUGUAUGGGAUUUUGACUGAGUCAACCUCUGCAAGAAUGCCUUCUCUUGUAGAUCUGCAAGGAACACCAACCUCAGAUGAUGUCACAUGGGAAGCAGUCUUGGUCAAUAGGGCUGCUGACUCCAAUUUGUUGAAACUUGAACAAGAAGCCAUGAAGAUGGCUGCCAAUUCAGGAAAAGAUUUUGAAGUAGUUGUAAAUAGUAAUUUGGUACACAAGCUUGCAAUAAUGGUGUCUGACUAUAUGGGUGGAUCAGUUGAUGAUCCUGAAAGCAUGUCUAGAGCAUGGAGGAGUCUUAGUUACAGUCUGAAAGCAACCCUUGGUAGCAUGGUUUUGCCACUUGGUUCACUGACCAUUGGAUUGGCUCGGCAUCGCUCAUUGUUAUUCAAGGUUUUAGCUGACAGUCUGGGCAUUCCGUGUCGGUUGGUGAAAGGACUGCAGUAUAUGGGUUCUGAUGAUGUGGCAAUGAACUUUGUCAAGAUUGAUGAUGGAAGGGAGUACAUUGUCGACCUAAUGGCAGCUCCUGGAGCACUUAUUCCAUCUGAUGCUACUGGAUCACACAUUGAGUGCGAUGAAUCUUCUUUUGUAGCCAGUCCUUCAUCAAGAGAACUGGAUUCAUCUAAUGUAGCAUCAUUCAGUAGUGGGGUUGGAAGUUCAUCUGAAGAAGUUUCAGACUGUGGAGGGAAAGAAUCCGAUGUGAGUGGGCUAGCUACAACCAAGGAAGAUUUAAAGAAACCAUCAACUGAACCCAAAAAUACGCCCUAUGCAGAGAAGACCAGAGUGAAGGAAUCUGCCAACAGACCUAACUAUCCAUAUAUGCAUGGAAGAUCUCCUUCUUGGACUGAAGGGAUCAGUUCCCCUGCAGCCCGUAGAAUGAAAGUAAAAGAUGUUUCCCAAUAUAUGAUUGAUGCUGCUAAGGAGAACCCUAACUUGGCUCAAAAACUUCAUGAUGUUUUACUUGAAAGUGGUGUUGUUGCACCUCCUAAUUUAUUUUCUGAAAUGUAUCAUGGGCAGUUAGGUACUUCAACUGGGACCAAUUUUUCAACUGAACCAAAAGAUGAAAAUAGACAUGCAAAUGUGCAGCAAGAAAAUAGACAGGCUGAUGACAUCCUAGUUCCUGCUCGAUUUUUGCCUCCUUUGCCUUACUAUAAAAUUCUUCGCAAAGCCACUCCUGGCAGUCAGCUGGAUUCUAGGCCUGUGGAUGGCUUAGGAAUUGGUCUUCCUCUUGAUACGGGGGAAACUGCUGCACAGAACAUAACAUCUCAGGCAGAAGCAGCUCGGGUAAAGUAUGGGAAAAAUGUCCCAGUGGCAGCAGCUGCAGCCGCAGCUGCAGCAGUUGUUGCAUCUUCUAUGGUAGCUGCUGUGACGAAAUCAAGCACUGACUCAAAUCUUGAGUUUCCUGUAGCAGCAGCUGCUACUGCUACUGCCGCAGCAGUUGUAGCAACCACUGCUGCUGUCAGUAAGUAUGAGCAGGGCAGUCGAAGUGAUGGGGAUACAGAGGGUGGUGGUUAUGAGUCAAAGGGUAGUGGUGAUGGAGAGCCUACUGCCUUAGGAGAAAACUUAGAAGGUGAGAGAAAAUCUGAUAGAUCAGUAAGCAAUGACAGCACGAAAUCUGAUUCUGCACUGGAUGAUGUUGCUGAGUAUGAUAUUCCAUGGGAAGAAAUCACAAUGGGAGAUCGUAUCGGACUAGGAUCAUAUGGGGAAGUUUACCGAGGUGAAUGGCAUGGAACUGAAGUUGCUGUAAAAAAGUUUCUAUAUCGAGAUAUUUCUGGUGAAUUACUUGAAGAGUUCAAAAGUGAGGUCCAAAUCAUGAAAAGACUGAGGCAUCCAAAUGUUGUUCUAUUCAUGGGAGCAGUAACUAGGCCUCCGAAUCUUUCAAUUGUUUCUGAAUUUCUUCCUAGAGGGAGUUUGUAUAGAUUAAUUCACCGACCUAACAAUCAAUUAGAUGAGCGAAGGCGGUUGCGGAUGGCACUUGAUGCUGCUCGAGGAAUGAACUAUCUGCACAGCAGUACUCCAGUGAUAGUGCAUCGUGAUUUGAAGUCCCCAAAUCUUCUUGUUGACAAAAACUGGGUUGUAAAGGUAUGUGAUUUUGGCUUAUCAAGAAUGAAGCAUAGUACAUUCCUUUCUUCCAGAUCAACUGCAGGAACAGCUGAAUGGAUGGCUCCAGAAGUGUUGAGAAAUGAACUUUCAGAUGAAAAGUGCGACGUUUUCAGCUACGGUGUCAUAUUAUGGGAGCUCUCAACAUUGCAGCAACCCUGGGGAGGAAUGAAUCCAAUGCAAGUUGUUGGUGCUGUGGGGUUCCAACAUCGCCGUCUUGACAUUCCAGAUGACGUAGACCCUGCCAUUGCAGAUAUUAUCAGACAAUGCUGGCAGACAGAUCCAAAGUUGAGGCCCACAUUUUCUGAAAUCAUGGCUGCUCUGAAGCCAUUGCAGAGGCCAAUUACUGUUUCUCAAGUGCAUAGAUCAAGUGCUCAGUCAUCACGAGUUACUGAAUUCCCCGCAGGAUAG